UGCUCGGCGCUCUGAUGCCUGUGCCUGCAGCGAGGCUCGCUCGAUUGGUCAGGCCUAGGUGUAUGUUUUCAGCGUGGUUCAGCUGCUAGGAGGCUGUGCAGUUUCCGGGACACAAUGGGUCGCCACUCUUCAGAUUCAGAGGAGGAAACCAAAACUCGCAAAAAGAAGAAACAUCGAAGACGCUCUUCCUCCAGUAGUUCAUCAGAUAGCCGAGCUCGUAGCCAUAAAAAAUCUGGACGUAGAUCAAGAUCUCGGUCACGAGAUGCAUACUCAAGUUCACACUCCUAUGACAAAAGACGCAGACAUCGGUCUAGCAGUGAAUCAUCGUACAGUUCAAGGAGAAAGCGCAGUCACAGCAGGUCAAGAGAUAGAGGAAAGUCGCGAAAAGUCCACAGAUCAAGGAUAUCAAGAUCUCGAUCCAGACACCGCCAAAGAUCUCGCAGCCGUAGUAGUGAACGAUCCAGUCGGAGAAAAUCCCGAAGCAAGUCGUAUGAUCGAGAAAGAGGAAAAGGCAGAUAUAAGGGCAAAACAAGAGGGAAUGAGAGAGGCAAAGAAAAGGAAUCCAAGGUUUCGAAACCUGGGGACUUGGUUAACAUCAAAGCUGGAUUAGAACAUCUGUCUCCUGCUGAACAGGCCAAAGCAACGCUGCAGAUGGUUCUCCAAGCUGCUGCAAAAGCUGAUGAAGCUUUAAGAGCAAGAGAGAAGAGUGAAGAAGAUGUCCGAAAACGUAAAGAAGAAGACCAGGCCAUAGUUAUAGAGCAAGCACAGCGUGUGAAGGAAUUUGAAGCUAUUGAAAGUGACUCCUUUAUACCACAGGCCUUCCGAUCAAGUCGAGACAAUAAAGCUUCUAUAGAGAGUACGGAGACCAAGCAUGACUCUGCUAUAUUAGGGACAGGAACCCUAGAUCUUUUUGCAGAGGAGAAGGAAACCGAUAUUAGUACUAUGCCAACUGCUAUCAAGUACUUGGAUGAUAACUCAGUCGCACACCCAAAUCUGUACAUUGAGAAGGCUGAAGCUGAGGAAAAAUGGUUUAAAAGAUUGACUUCUCUGCGACAAGAGAGACUGAUGGGAAGCCCAGUAGCGUAAACAUUGGCAUUACUGAGUCACCUUCACAUUAUGGUGGUUUUACUUCUAUGUCAUUCCUUCAACUUCAUUAUAGUUUUUUAAAUAAUAAAUGUGGCUUAGACUAGUGUGUGUUUCAUGAGACUUUGGAAAUGUAUACAUUGUACGUAUUUGUGGGUAAUUAUUAAAUUGCUUUACAAAUA